CGUAUCUCAUACUAUAUAGUAUAUAUUCUAACUUAACCAAUAACCAACGACUCUCGUCUUCUUCUUUUUCUCCUAUCUUUCUCUCACCUAACCUCGCAAAGAAAAAACCAUCUUACUUUCUUUUUUUUUCUCUGAAAAACCUCUUUUGAUUAGGUUUAAAGAUGGCAUCAAAAAAAGCAAGAAAACCAAACCGAGCCGAAAAGAAACUCACAAGAAGCUGUUUCAAGAAACAAGUUCCUCAACACAACAACAUCAACACAAACACAAUCUACUCUGUUCCCUCUCCAUCCCCAGCAGCGGUGCUGACGUCACCAGGCGGUUGUUGUACCCCGAAAGCCAAGAAGUCUAGGAUACCGGAGAUGCUGACGUGUCCACCGGCGCCGAAGAAGCAAAGGGUCUCGAAAAACUGUGUGUUACGACGGAGACAGAUCGUUUUCUUUGCUCCGCCGGAGAUAGAGCUCUUCUUCGUCAACGCACACGAUCGAUGAACGUACUUUUAGUUAAUUAUUAGUAUCUUUUUUUUUUUUGAUAUAGGAUCAAUACAGAAAGUAGUAUUAGCAGGUGAUCAAAAUUCAUCUCUUUGAUUUGUUAAUACAAUAACGAAGAGUAAAUUAUUAUGUUUUGCGUAAUGUUUUUUCUUAUUUUGGUUUGUUUGUUUUUGUUAUUAUUUUUUUCAUUAUUUUGGCGCUUGUUUUUUGAGAUGAUUUGAAUCAAGUCGGUUUGAGUUUUUGUGGUAGGGUAUAUCAAAAAUCAACUAUGAUUUACACUAUCAAUUGAUAACCCACCCUUUUAUUAUUUUAUAUUUUCUUGCUUCACUUUUUUCUAAGUGCUAUGUAUUAGGUUGAUGACUUUAAUUUCUAGCCUACUUAGCUUCGUCAGUUAUUGUAACUUUGAUGUGGAUUGAGUUUUUUUUUUGUUC